CCCCCGGGUGCACCGAGUCCAGCCACUAGUGGCAGGGCCAGGCCAGCAUGGUGGACCACCUGCUUCCAGUGGACGAGAGUUUCUCGUCACCAAAAUGUCCAGUGGGUUACCUGGGUGACAGGCUGACCAGCCGGCGGCCAUACCACAUGCUGCCCUCACCUGUCUCCGAGGACGACAGCGACGUCUCCAGCCCCUGCUCCUGCUCUAGCCCUGACUCUCAAGCCCUCUGCUCCUGCUGUGGCACGGGCCCAGGCUCUGAGGCCCAGGACAGUAUCUUGGAUUUCCUGCUCUCUCAGGCCACACUGGGUAGCGGAAGUGGCAGUGCGAGUAUUGGGGAUGUCACUGGCCCUGUGACCUGGGGGUCCUGGAAGAGGGCCCCAGUACCUGUGAAAGGAGAUCACUUCUGCUUCCCUGAGUUCCCACUGGGAGACCCCGAUGAUGUCACCAGGCCCUUCCAACCAACCCUGGAGGAGAUUGAAGAGUUCUUGGAGGAGAACAUGGAGCCAGAGACCAAGGAAGCUCCAGAGAGUGGCAGUAAGGACUUGGAAGCCUGUGGCCAGCCCUUAGCUGGGCCACACAGGAGUCACCACCACCCAGGGUCUGGUGGGAGAGGGCGCAGUACCCCUCCUCCGGGAAGCACCAGUGGGGGAGGUGCCCAGGGCACAGGUGAGGGACCCACGCCUGACGGCCCUGUGCCAGUCCUGCUGCAGAUCCAACCAGUUGCUGUAAAGCAGGAGGUGGGUGCGGGCCCGGCCUCCCCCGGGCAGGCCCCGGAGAGCGUCAAGGUUGCUCAGCUCCUGGUCAACAUCCAGGGGCAGACCUUUGCACUCCUGCCCCAGGUAGUGCCCUCCUCCAACUUGAACCUACCUUCGAAGUUUGUGCGCAUUGCCCCUGUGCCCAUCGCCGCCAAGCCCAUUGGCUCCGGACCCCUAGGAUCCAGCUCUGCUGGCCUCCUUGGGGGCCAGAAGUUCACCAAAAACCCAGCAGCAGAACUUAUCAAAAUGCAUAAAUGUACUUUCCCUGGCUGCAGCAAGAUGUACACCAAGAGCAGCCACCUCAAGGCCCACCUGCGCCGGCACACGGGUGAGAAGCCCUUUGCCUGCACCUGGCCGGGCUGCGGCUGGAGGUUCUCACGCUCUGAUGAGCUGUCCCGGCACCGGCGUUCGCACUCGGGUGUGAAGCCGUACCAGUGUCCCGUGUGCGAGAAGAAGUUCGCGCGGAGCGACCACCUCUCCAAACACAUCAAGGUGCACCGCUUCCCACGGAGCAGCCGCGCAGUGCGCACCGUGAACUGAGCAUGGAGCACGCACCGCCACCCCUGUCCCGGCCUCACCUUUUUUUUAAGCAAUAAUUUAUUUGCCUCCUUCAGAGGGAAGUGACGUAUUACCAGCCCCCUUCUGAAGCUUAGGAGGUGUGACCCAGAGCUGACACCUGCUGCCUUGCUUGGAGGACAUAGAGCCACCCCGUCCCUGGGGGCUGGUUCCCCGUGGCCAGGGGAGGCUGUGCCCUGCGUGCCUUUGUGCCUUCCCGCCUCUACCGCAGGCACUAGCUGGAAGAAGAGCUUGGAGGGCCUAGCCCUUCUCCCACUGGGCUCCCUACCUGGGUCAAGGCCAACACUUUAUUGCUGGGGAAGCAAAAUGUGCUGUGUUGAAAUGUUCAGUUCCCACAGGGAGCCAUGCUGGGAAGAAGGAUGUAGGCCAAAAGUCCAAGGCUGCACUGUGGCAUGCAGGCUUGCUGUGUGCAAGAAUCUGUGCUCAGCAUGCACAGUGGAGACAGGGCCUUUGGGGUGACCUGGUCAUAGGGCUGAACUGGGGACAGAAGUGAAGAGGACCCUCCCCUCUCACAGGGGCCAGCAAUGCAUGUGCUUAAGUAAAAUGUGCAAGACAGAUGGAGCCGUAUGUGUGCGCCUGUGCCCAGCCUGGCUCUCCCUCCUGUUUCCCAGAAAAAUCCAGAUACCAGCCUCUAGGGUCACCACGAGAGGAGAGGGGAGCAGGCACACUGGGUGUGAAGGAACUAGCUAGACUCACAUAGGUGUGUCCAACCUAUGGUCUGUGGGCUGCAUGCAUCCUAGGAUAGCUGUGGAUGCAGCCCCACCUGUUUGUAGAUGACAAUGUCACAUCACAGUGUCAAAGGGUUGGACACCCCAAUAGAGCCUACCAGUCUGAUUUAGAAAUGCAUUCCUCAUCUUGUCUAGAAGUUAAUACCAAGUGAAUUAGCUUGUUUUGACAGGUAUAUUUCACAUCCUAUGAAUGUAUGUAAAUAAACUGUACAUAAGUAUGCAUCUACAUAAAUAUCUUUUAAUAACAUGUCAACAUUUGUGUAAAUUUGAAAUUAAAAGAUUCUAUAAAGCCGGUGUACAUAUGUUACAAUUAUGUAUAUUUUCU